AUGACUUUUCUCUGGCUCCUCCUCAGCCUCCUGCCCUUGGCAGCAGCUUUGGUCCAUCCCUGCCACACGCUGGUGGGACCCCAGCGCCUGCUGGCCACGUCCUCCGUCUCCUCCUCCUCCUCCACCCUGCUGGCCGCUCCUUCUCAGCCACCCUGGGCACUUCGGCUCACGUCUCCCACCCCUUGGCCGGCCUUGAGGACACCUCCAACCCCUGCAGAAGCCGGGGACAUCCGGGCACCUCCCCCUCCACACCCGCCUCCAGGCCUGUGGUUCUGCCUCCCGCGUGUCACCCCAUCCAUCCCUCCUGCCCACCCCCCGCCCCUCACCCCCAGCGCUUCACCCACAGGACUGGCCACAGUCGGGCUUGUGUCCUCCCAGGUGCCCCAAUCCACGCAGGCCAUGGCCAUGGUCACAGUCAGCUCAGGCCAAGCCGGGGCUGCCGGGGUGUGGCCGCCGCGCCCCUGCCCCACGUGCCCAGUGGCUGCCAGCGGGCAUCAGCGCCCUGUCUUCACCGGGUCACCAGGCUCUUCUCCGUCGCCCCCUGGAGUGCCCCGCCCUGCCUCCGGUGUCUCGGCCCCUCACUCCCCUCGGGCCACGCGGGCCUCCCGAGCUUCCUGCCACCCCGGACACCUGCCCUGGCUGUCCCCUCGGCCUAGUGAGGCCCUCCUGGCCGUGGCAUCGAUAACCAUGAUGAACAUGACAUCUCCGUCGCUGGUGGGGACGGGCCCAGCUCAGCGUGAAUGGGCAGUGGGCGGCUUGUCCCUGUCAGCCGCUCUGCACACAGCCCAAGAGAUGGCCAAAGACAUUGAACUGAGCCUCCACUGA